GUACUUCCGUCAGUUAGCUUCACAAUAGCGGCGCUGCUGGUGGUUGUGGUGCUGCUGCUGCUGCUGCUGAGAACGAAGUAGGAGAACCUCGUCCCCGAUGGUGUUUGACUGAUUCCUGCCAAAACCCGGCACCAGUACCCGCUCGGGCCACACGACAGAAUGCCCCGGCGACGUGUGAUGUGAAGCGUCGACGAAGCAAGAAGGCUUAGUCAAGUCGGGACUUUUUUUUAAAUAAAGCGGCGACCUUCCCUAAAAAUAAAAAUUAAAAAGGCUCAUGAUGUUGCAAGUGUUAGCUUGUGGCGCCGUAGUUUUCCCCGGCUUGUUCUUCGCCUUCAGGAAGAUCCUGCCCCGAGUUUUCAAGCAUUGGAGCGAUGCCGACGUGGUGCUCGUGAGCGAAAGAUUGGUGUCUUCCAUCCAUGCCGUCAUGGCAACCACAGCGGGAGUCGUCGUCGUGAUGUCGUGCAGGGCAAACGUCAUCGAUGGCAGGCACUGGCUGGCCACCCACUUUGUCAUCUGGUUCGGCGUGCCCUACAUGACGUAUGACCUGCUGGCCAUGUACCUCAGCCACUACCACCGCUUCCGCGUCAGCGGGCACGAGGGGUACAAGCGCCACUCGCUGACGACGGUGAGCGCCUUCGUCCGACGGGAGCUGCCGCUGGUGCUGCAUCACAUCGCUCUGCUCACCAUCCUGCUGCCCGUCACGCUGUUCUUCCGCAAGGACCAAGGCGAUUUCUUCAUCGGCUGCUUGUUUCUAACCGAGUUCAGCACGCCCUUCGUCUCUCUGGGCAAGAUACUAAUUCAGCUGGGUCUCCAGGAUGGUUGGCUGCACAAGUACAACGGCGGCAUGGUGCUCCUCACCUUCUUCACAUGCCGCAUCGCCCUCUUCCCCUACAUGUACUGGGCUUACGGCCGCCACUAUGGCAUCCCGCUCUACGCCGUGCCCUUCCACCUGUCGCUCGCCGCUAACCUGGGCAACUUCUGCAUCCUGGCGCCGCAGGUCUACUGGUUCGUCCUGCUGUGCCGAAAGGGCUACCGCCUGUACCAGCGCAGUCGGCGGCCGCCCGCGCCGCCGGUUAAGGACCAGUGAUAGCUGGUUGUCUUGCGACGCGCCCUAAAAUAACUACUCUACUUCUCAUAAUCCGACCUCCCGCCAUUGUACUGUAGUCCAGGAGGACCGCUGGUGUCUACCCCACCCCAACCACUGCACAAUUUCACCCUACCAGUUUGGAAUUUGAUGCUAACGGCGGACCUCUCCCAAGAAACUACUACUGAUUUUUGGCAUUUUGAGCCUGGUCCGGCUGUGGAUCUUACCGAACGUUGACACCAACAGGGAGUGUAGAAAACGCGUGGUGGACACAAUCAUUCUCAUUUUGCUGUGAAGGUCUUUGAGGGUGAGAGCAAGUGGCCGCUACUACAGGUAUUUAUUUGUGUUGUUUUGUAUUUUAGUGGUGGUUCAGAGUCACUCAUUUGAAUAAUUUGUGCAUCAAUCGUUGGUUUUAUUUUCAAUUGGCUUUCCAAAAAUGAAAAAGUCACUCAUUAGUUUUUUAUUCUGACUCAAAAAAUAAAAAUAAACUAUUACAGAUUUUUCGGAUAGGCUUCGAUCAAAAAUACAAACCUGAAUGAAAAUGAAUCAAAUAUAUAACACAAGAUAAGCGGCGUAGGAAAAUAAUGGCUGUAAGAUAUGUUAGCUUGUUCAACGCCCCAAUCAUUCAACCGACGCACAGAAGCAGUUCCUGUAUUACUAUGCAACUGUUAAAAAAAAUAAUGAAAAUACUCUCGUUAAUUUGCAUUUUCCUCCUCUAAAAAAUACAUAAUGAUAUAUUAUUGGUGGAUCGCGGUCUUGUUACGAACUUAUAGUGGCGGCUAACAAAGUAAUGCAAGCUAACGUAAUUUGUAAAGUUCAUUGCCAUCAAACAGUCUGGGGGCCCGAUUUUCAUAUUCAAACUGUAAAAAUCUGUAAUUUUUAUUAUUUUAUUUUUCUAAUUUAAAAUACAAAAUAUCUACAGUUUAAUCGCACAGAAAAGUGGUUCUCUGAACAGUGCUAGACAGGCAGUAUUAACCGAAGACGACGUCGUGCUAGCAUCCAGCGUACGGCAUUAGCUCUGUAUGCUAGGCACCUCCGUCAUCCAUAGAUUAUUACAUAAAAGGAUAGUCAAAUUUUAACGUGAAUGAUCCACUGGAAAGAAAGACAAGUUUUCACUCUAGGGUCAGCUGGUGCCUCAAGAGACGAGCAAUAAGGUGAGCUAGCGUUAGCCGGUUAGUGCAAGUGACCGGCGAGAUUUUGAGGGCUUUAUACACUUUCAGGUUUUUAGAGAUUUACAUCAUCGCAAAUAUAUCUUAACAUAUAAACUACUUGACACAAGAUGAAUUUUAUUAUUCUCAAUCAUUAGCCACUUUUACCCGCGCCUCUACAAUUCUGCGUUUUCCCGCCUUUUCACCCCCCAUCCAAGAUGUUCUUCUGGAACUAGACGGUGAUGAAGUUGACUCGGCAAUGUUCCACCUUCAAGGUACAAUCGGAGCCAUAAGAGAGCAAUAUCCUAUUGGGUUGUGCAAAAGCAGAUUAUGUUCAAGAGGCUAGUAGCUACUGCUAACCAUCGCAGAUUAGAACUUUUGACUUUCAUAAGAAUGCUGCACUGUUUAUUUGUAACAUGACUAAGACACUCAGAGUCUGUUGUACACUGUAAAGCUUUAUAGAUGACAAACUGACUCAGAAUACAUUAGCGUGCUUUGUAUUUCACUUAAUUCCCUCGGAAAACUGGAAUCUAUGCAAAAAGAUGGCCACGCUGCAUGUUUACAAGACCGACGUCACGUUAAAUUGGUUUUAAGUCCUGCCCAGGUGUGUGUAGUUUAGUGGUUUAUUUGUUGACAUAUUUCCACUCCUCUUAUCACAUUGCAUUCCAGGUGAAAUGUUUGAAAUUGUUCUUAAUGGAAUCUGUUUGCGAUCGCUAAGAAGAUGGUUCGAGUAGCCAUAGCCUUAUUAACCGUAAUAUAUGUAUUUGUUUUAGUUUUAAAUAUUGCUGAAAAACAUUUUUGCUUUGUAUUUUUUUGUCGGUAUUGAAAGCACGUGGAAAAGCAGAGCUGGAUUAGUCAAAUAAGUGGUGCUAACAUGAAAAUGUAGAUGAAAUCGCAAAUGAGGCAAUUUUUUUUUCCCCCUUCCCCCUGCGUGACGAUAAUGGUGCAAAGCAGUUUGACAUUUUUAUUUAACACAUCAGGCCCUUUGGAUUAAUAUUCCGAGUAGCCGUGCUCGGUGGGUAUUACAUUUCUAUACUAUGCACGUUUUUAAUGUUACCUGGAACCCUUGUUUUGGUUUUUGUCCAUCCUUUGACGGCAUCGUAUUCCCAUUGCAAACUUCCAAUGUAAUGCCUAAACUCAAUGGGUUUUUGUUUUUUUCGCAGUGGCUAUGGUUAUGUUAGCGGAACACACACACACACACACAACAUGCGCAGAUGCCCAAAUUAUCUUGUAAAUAAGUUCACAAAUGAUCUAAACAUCAAUAAUAGUACAUCCAUCAUGAGAAUUUUAAAUGUUAACAUGGCAUAACCUUGGUUGGCACUUCACCCCAUUUUAUUUAAUUUAGAGUAACCCCCACAUCACUCCAUUGUCCGCCAUUGCGAUUAUUUUGCAUAUUUUAAUGAUGGACAUGACCUUAAUGUAGCACAUAGAAUUUUCUAUGCUUUUGCUUUGCUUCAGAUUUACAGCUGCACUUUUUCGUUGAGUAUUGGAUGCUAAAUUAAAAUAAGCCACAAAUAAGCUAAUUCAUGAAUGCUGGACCACAAAUAUGCAGCGUUUCAAUGUACAGGUGUAUAAAACACAAUCACAAUAUUUUACAGUUAAUACACAAACACACACACUUGAGAGCGAACAAAAUGGUAAUUUUUCAUAUACUUGUCCCCCCGUGCAGCGUAAAUCCAGCCUUGAGUUAAGAUUGUCCGAUUGAUUCAACAUAGCACGUGCAGAUAUUUGUAUGAAUUAGUCUAAUCACUGACUUUAAAUCAACAAUUUGAAUUGCGAAAGGCCCACAAACGUCAUUGUUUCAUUUUGAUCGUCUUAAGUUGAUCCUAUCUGCUCAGGGUUUGAUGACGAUUAUUAGGAAGACGAUGGUGUGUACCAUGCCACUGUGACACAAUGGCAACACAGAUUCUAAACUAUCAUCACACGAUCUAUCUUCAACUUCUACCUAAUAUCUUUCUACUGGUUGGCAAACCAAAGACUGUCAGGCACUUUAGUUCAUCCUAGCACGUCAGUAAUGUGGAGAACAUUGUCAUAUUUAUAACAGUUGUAGUUUUUGUGUGUAAUAUCAGUAAACCAUCUCUUCAGAAGGCUGCUAAACACACAAAUGUUAUUCUUCCCAAAUUUAGGUGACUUUUUUUCUAGAUUCUUCCAAUAAUAGUUUGUGUAUGUGUUAUUUAUGUAAAAAUUACCAGAAAAAAGGAUGUUAUUGGCUUUAGGGCAGCUACAGCACUAUAGUGGGGAUGGCGAAGCUAGGUGUUAGCAUUAGCAUCUUGUGAAAAUACUAGCUAAUUCCACAUGACCUUGAGCUGAUACGAGACUAGCCUAGCCUUGUCAGCUAUGGACUAAUGCUAACACCCUGAUUUAAUUGUCAAGCCCUUUUGGUUCUCAAUUAUCCCCCCAGCACACAUUCUCGCGUCACAGUCGUCUCCGAGCUAAAAUGUUUGUAUUGCUGCCCAUGUGAGCUAGGCUACCUUCCAGUAACAACACUAACAAAAAUUACAGAAUGUGUUCAUUUUCUUAUUUUUUUUUUUCUCACUACGUUUGAGGGUAAAAUGGCAACUGCGACUGUAGACUAACUGAUGUUGAGCACUUUGUCGAUUUAGCAAGGACCAUAUAGACAUAUGGAGAUGCUAACGCUCAAAUCAAUCAGGAGAGAGUACGGUACUCGGUUGUUGUGAUUCUGUGGCCGAAAAAAAAAAAAGUUUUUUCUUUCUGCUAAUGUACUAACUGAGCUAAUCGUUCUGCUCAUGUGUAGCAUCUAUUUUGAAGGUGAAAAUAAUCAAAGCGCUUUUAUUGAACUCGAACUCCCACAUCUGAGGAGAAGAAACCAUCCAUUUCAGUUUCAUACUUUGAUAAUGCAGCGACGUAACACAUUUUUCUUUCUGAUGUGAAUGCAGAUUAUUUUUCUUGACAGACAUGCACAACUAUCUGAGUUGAGAUGUGAUGCUAGGGUGAUUUUAAUCAAUGGACAGUGAACCAAAUUGGGUUCCCGGUGCCUUGUGAAAAAGAAAAUUUAGUAGGCGGUGUUUACAGGUUGUGGCUCUGUUUAUCAUCACCAGCAUAUCACGGAAGACCCAUGAAGUUGGUAAUCAUUUUGAAAACAUUUCAAUAACAUGUAUCAUUAUCUGAUUUUAUUUGUAUUUACCACUUGAGCAUCAAUACAACUGAUUCCGGAUAAUUUAUGCAACUUUAAGUUAAAAUGAUCUUUUGAUGCAUCUGGUGUUUAUUUUAAAUGAUGGGAAUAAUACAUUCAUACGCCAUAUGUCAAAGGCUUACAUUUGGUUGCUGUGCUCCUGUUGGUGGUUUAGACUAUUUUCAGCUUUCUCAGAUUUGGCUCAUGUCUCCCAUACGCCUUUGCGGCUAGUCAAUGCACCGCAGCACAAUCUUUUUAUCACUUCCUGCCCCCACCCCUUGCUUUAUUCUUGAUAGUGUCGUAAUAUUUUCAUGGGUAAAUUACAGACUUUGAUGGCUUAGGCCUUGUUUUGUAGCUUGAUAUUUUUGGGGACUGGAUUGUUUAUGACAAAAUAUGAAGACAAAAACCGAUGUGAGAAAGUUUAAACUUGGGCACCCCUUUAAAAAAUAAACUUGAUUUGAUAGUCUUUUGAA